AUGGACGACAGGAGAGUGAAUAUAGUCGCUGUUAUAUCAGUGGUUGCACUGAUCAUUAUCAUAAUUGUUGCUCGUGUUUCAUUGAAGCUUUCAAGGGCUUUCUUCCUCAUCUGUGGAGCUGGUGUUAUUGUGAUUCUUUCAGUCUUUGUUUGUGUUCUUGUCAUCUUAAGUUACAAUCGAAGAAGGAGGCUGUUGGAGUCACAGUUGAAAUCUGAAGGCCGAGAGCUACGAAUAGAGUACAGUUUCUUAAGGAAAGUUGCUGGGGUCCCCACCAAGUUCAGAUACAAGGAGCUUGAGGAAGCAACAGAUGGGUUUCAAUCGCUGCUCGGAAAAGGUGGCUCUGCUUCAGUUUUCAAAGGCAUUCUUAAUGAUGGCACUUCAGUUGCUGUGAAACGAAUUGAUGCAGAAGAAAGAGGUGAGAAGGAGUUCAGAUCAGAAGUUGCAGCAAUUGCUAGUGUGCAUCAUGUGAAUCUUGUGAGGCUAUUGGGCUAUUGUAAUGCUACUUCAGCACCUAGGUACCUUGUUUAUGAGUAUAUCUCAAAUGGGUCUUUGGAUUUAUGGAUCUUUCUCAAAAAGGAAAGUCAAAGGCGUGGUCUUGGUGGGUGCUUGUCAUGGAUUAUGAGAUAUAGAGUGGCCAUUGAUGUUGCUAAGGGACUUGCUUACCUUCACCAUGAUUGCAGAUCAAGGAUCCUACACCUUGAUAUAAAGCCAGAAAAUAUACUUCUUGAUGAAAAUUAUAGAGCGCUUGUUUCAGAUUUUGGUCUUGCAAAGCUUAUUGGUAAAGAUGAAAGCCAAGUUAUGUCUACAAUCAGGGGAACAAAAGGCUACUUGGCUCCUGAAUGGCUCUUAGAGCAGGGUGUUUCUGAUAAGACUGAUAUCUAUAGUUAUGGGAUGGUUCUCUUGGAGAUUGUUGGAGGCAAAAAAAAUGUGUCCUUCGUAGAAGAUGAAAAGGACAAGUCCAAAAGAAAAUGUCAUUACUUUCCAAAGAUUGUAAAUGAGAAAGUGAGAGAGGGAAAAUUCAUGGAAAUUGUUGAUCAUAGGUUACUGGAAAGUGGGGGUGUUGAUGAGAGGGAGGUAAGAACAUUGGUGUAUGUUGCUUUGUGGUGCGUGCAAGAGAGGCCAAGAUUGAGGCCUAGCAUGGCCCAAGUGGUUGAUAUGCUUGAAGGGCGUUUGAGGGUGGAGGUGCCACCUGAUACGAGAAUGGUCCUUGUUGAUUUGCUAUCUGUGGAUGAAGAAGCAACAGACAGUAAUAACAUGCCAAGGUUGGAUUCUAUGUCGAGUCAAAGAACACAAAGCAAUGUGGACUGUGCAUCUACCUACUCGCUUGCUACUACUGUUUUGUCAGGAAGAUAG